CGCCUCUAGGCUCUCUCUAUCUCACCCAAGAUUUGGGUUAUCGAACGCAAAUCAGCUUCACGCGUUCAAAGCAAACAAGGGGAUGAGAUGGAGGUGAAGGUGAUCUCACAUGGAGUUGGGCAUCAACCCUCGCGGGGUGUGCCUUGCCCUCUUCACAUUUCCUGCGCUUUUUUGUCGCUUUUAAGUAAGGGAAGGUGGCUACUUCCCCACUUACUCCUUAUGCUCCUCUGCUUAACCCUUUCAAGUGUGAACCAAUUGUCCCUGGGUUUGAAACCCCACCACCCCCGGAGUCAAGCUACGACAAUAUCUUCUACAUCACGGAAGAAGAGGAAAAACGGGGACCUCCGCGGCUCCCUCCACAUCUGAAGACGUGUGUGUUAAACAAAAUGAGCACAAGAGGUGGAGAUGCCUCAUCCUCGUCGCCGCCACCCAACCAUGUGGUUUUAAACCAUGUGUACACGGUUGCUCAAAACAAAAGCCGAUCAUUUCCUGUGGAAGCCGUUGCCGUGUCAACAACGCAACAACUUGGCUCCGAAUAUGUUACCACUGUGCUUUACAAACCCGCCCCGCGGAGGUGAAGUGGGAGCUGAUUACUGGCAAGUGGCAACUCUUUUUUUGUAAUAGUUAGGACUAUAUGUUUAUUUUUCCUGUAAAUUUAUAAUUCAUCUGAAAAAUAAAUAAAUGUUUGAACUUUGA